UUCGCAGACUUUGCUGUUCGGAGUGGCUCGCUGAGAAGACACGACGACAUAUAAAGCAUUUAAGAUAUUUUUAAGGUUAUCAGCUUCGGUAUCAAUAAUCAGGAGCUCCUAUCGUCGGAAGGGAACGAUUUAGGGGCCUAAACCUCAAAACACUGUUUGAAAAUGGCACCGAAAGACUAUAUGGCGGAGAAAGAGAAGUGUAAGCGCUUCCUGCAGGAAUUCUAUUCUGAAGAUGACUCUGGAAAGAAAGUGUUCAAAUAUGGAGCCCAGCUGGUGUCUCUGGCACACAGAGAGCAGGUGGCAUUGGUGGUGGACCUGGAUGACGUAGCAGAGGAGGAUCCUGAGCUCGUGGAGAGCGUGUGCGAGAACACCAAACGCUACACAGGACUGUUUGCGGAUGCUGUGCAUGAGUUACUGCCAGAGUACCGAGAACGAGAGGUGGUGGCAAAAGAUGCAUUGGAUGUUUAUAUUGAGCACCGUCUGAUGAUGGAGGCGAGAGGCCGUGAUCCUGCAGAUACACGUGAUUUCAGGAACCAAUACCCUUCUGAGCUUAUGAGGAGAUUCGAGGUCUAUUUCCGUCCUCCAUCCACCUUAAAGCCGAAGGUUGUGCGGGACGUGAAGGCUGACAGCAUUGGCAAGCUGGUUACUGUCCGGGGCAUUGUUACUAGGGCAACCGAGGUCAAGCCAAUGAUGGCAGUUGCCACAUACACGUGUGACCAGUGUGGAGCGGAGACCUACCAGCCGAUUGCGUCUCCAAGUUUCAUGCCGCUCAUUAUGUGUCCCAGUCAGGAGUGUGUGACCAACAAGUCUGGGGGACGCCUUUACUUGCAGACGAGGGGGUCAAAGUUUGUAAAAUUCCAGGAGCUACGCAUCCAGGAGCAUAGUGACCAGGUUCCUGUGGGAAAUAUCCCUCGCAGUAUGACUGUGUAUGCGCGAGGAGAGAACACACGUGUGGCACAGCCUGGAGAUCAUGUGGCAGUUUCUGGAGUCUUUCUUCCUCUUCUUCGUUCUGGUUUCCGACAGGCUGUGCAGGGUUUGCUGUCUGAGACAUACCUGGAAGCUCACAGUAUUACUCUCAUGAAUAAAACAGAGGAUGAUGAACUGGGCACAGAGGACCUUAGUGAGGAGGAGUUGCGUCAGAUCACAGAGGAGGAUUUCUAUGAGAAGCUGGCAGGGUCAAUAGCUCCGGAGAUCUAUGGCCAUGAGGACGUAAAGAAAGCGUUGCUGCUCUUACUGGUGGGUGGAGUCGAACAAGCACCACGUGGGAUGAAGAUCAGAGGUAACAUCAACAUCUGUCUGAUGGGAGAUCCUGGUGUGGCCAAAUCACAGCUGCUGUCCUACAUCGACCGCCUGGCGCCUCGCAGUCAGUAUACAACAGGACGUGGGUCCUCAGGUGUUGGCUUGACAGCAGCAGUGAUGCGUGACCCGGUUACUGGGGAGAUGACCCUGGAGGGUGGGGCUUUGGUGCUGGCAGAUCUGGGGGUGUGCUGCAUUGAUGAGUUUGACAAGAUGGCUGAUGCUGACCGCACAGCCAUCCAUGAAGUGAUGGAGCAGCAGACCAUCUCCAUUGCCAAGGCUGGGAUUAUGACAUCUUUGAAUGCACGUUGUUCGAUCCUGGCAGCAGCAAACCCAGCAUAUGGCCGCUAUAACCCACGCAAGAGUAUUGAACAAAACAUUCAGCUGCCAGCAGCAUUGCUGUCCCGCUUUGACUUGCUGUGGCUCAUCCAAGAUAAACCAGAUACAGACAAUGACCUGCGUCUAGCCCAGCACAUCACCUAUGUCCACCAGCAUUCAAAGCAGCCCCCCACACACUUCACCCCCAUUGACAUGAAGCUGAUGAGGCGCUAUUUGACCAAGUGUAAAAGGAGGCAGCCAGUUGUUCCUGAGCCUCUUGCUGAUUACAUCACUGCUGCUUAUGUGGAGAUGAGGAAAGAGGCACGAGUGAGCAAAGACACCACUUUCACCUCUGCCAGAACUCUGCUGUCUAUCCUGCGUCUGUCCACAGCACUGGCGAGGCUCCGCAUGGUGGAUGUGGUGGAGAAGGAGGAUGUGAAUGAAGCCAUGAGACUUAUGGAGAUGAGCAAAGAUUCUCUACAGGCUGACAAAUCCAACACCACCAGGACCCAACGACCAGCAGAUGUGAUCUUCUCUCUGGUGCGAGAGCUGGCUGGAGAGAGUGGAAAGGUUAAAGCGGUACGCAUGGCGGAGGCAGAACAAAAGUGUGUGUCACGUGGUUUCACUCCUGCCCAGUUCCAAGCUGCACUGGACGAAUAUGAGGAGCUCAACGUUUGGCAGAUCAAUCAGGGACGCACACGCAUCACCUUCAUCUAAGAUCCUUUAACCUACAGCACCAUGUGGAUCACAUACAUCAAACCUACGCUUUCGAACACUGCUAUAUCCUCUGCGCAUACGUUAUGUUCCCUACAUUACUGGCCUUGUGGCUUAAUCGGCAGUCUGUCUUAAUGGACUUGGAGUUUAUGGAAUUAUUCAUUGUUAUUAAAUAAUGCUCUGGUUUUCACAUUUGUUGCUCUUGCCGUUUUAAUAUGUAGAUAUUGCUCAAGAAUAAACUUGUAAAUAUA